AUGUCUGACCCCCCAAGGCCGUCUAUUAAGCUCACUUUCGGCAAGAAGAAAACCGAACCUGCGCCGCAAAGCCAGCCAGCGCCUGCUUCAGCCUCAGAUCAACGUCCACCACCCCCUCAGCGCAAACUUACUCUCAAGAUCGCCCGAAAACCAACCGAAGAUGAACCACAAGAUAAGCCAAAGAAGCCAAAGAUCACAAUCAAGAAGAAGAAGCGGCCAGCAGAUGAGGCUGUUCCGGAAGAGCCUCCCGCAGCCGGCGCGUCACAAGCAACCGGACCCAAGCGGCUGAAGCUGAACCCAUCCAAGAAACCCGGACUACAGUCGAUUCGAAUCAAAAACAAGGGUCUCGUGCCGAACAGGCCCACCGGUGUUGGCUAUGACUCGGAAGCGUCCGAUACGGAAAUCGACCCUGCCAUCGAAGAACAGUUUAUUCUGCGCAUGCUACCCGGCGAGGACUGCGAGUAUCUUCGUCGCGCGAUCAACGAACGCCGAUUUGACCGAUCCGAGUUUUGCUUCAAACCGUUGAGCCGCGAGGGCCGACGAGCCAUUCUGAAGAUUCGGGACAAGCAGUAUGCUGCGGCAUUGGUGGACUUGCCUUGCAUUAUUGAGGGAAUGAAAAGUUGGGAUCGGAGGGGAUGGUACAAAUCCGCAGAUAUAUGUCAGAUGCUCUUGGUCCUAGGACUCGUCAAUACGGAAACCGAGGCCUUGGAUUAUCCUCUCCCUCCUGAGGUUCAACGCCUGGAUAACAUGACGUUGCAGUACCCUCAUGGUCUCGCGCCUCCUCUACGAUGGGUGAGAAAGCGACGCUUCCGGGACCGCAUCAGUACCCGCACCAUUGAGCAGGUCGAGAAAUCUGUUGAGGACUUGAUCGCUCAGGAUGACGCUGCCGUUGACACUCGUUAUGAGCUAGUGGACAAGACAUCGCUGGAUCGUGCAGAGGGACUCGUGCAAAGCGGAGAAUAUGACGAGUACGAGUACGACGAUGAGCAAGACGCAGAGGGCGAGGUGGAAGAAGCCAUGGACGAUGUCGACGGCAUGUUUGAAGACCUCGAGGACACACUUGCUGCUGAGAUGGAGGCCGCCCUGGCAGCUGGGGCAGACGGCACAUCUUUCGAGGCCGAGGUUGUCGAGACACCCGUUACACCUGGGGUUUACCAAGCUGGUACACCCAUGGCCACCAAGCCCUCAACCCCAGUACCAGAAGACACGGGCGCAGACACGUCGGGAGACGAAAGCGACGCCUCCGGCGAAGAAGAAUCACCUGAAGACGAGCUUGAUGAAGAGCAACUGGAGCAACAACGGCAAAUACAGCAGUCGCGUGAAGAGAUUGCGGAAUUGGAGGCCCUCAUUCGCACCGAGACAGCCAAGUGGGAGACGAUGAACAACCAGAUCCUCAAGGGCAAGCUCGCCAAGCGCAUCCACGACCUGAAGACAGAAGUAUCGCUCAAGAAGGUCUCGAUUGGAGAAGGCGACGACGCCGACAGCUGA